AUGAACGACGAUACCCUUUCUCCUAGCUACACUGAGUUAUUACGCGUUUCGACUAGGAGGGAGCCGGCGUUCAGCCGCCAAAGGCGGCUCGCCGGCUGGAUUUCGGAAGAAGUCCCUCGUUCUAGCUUCUCUAGAACGAUGCUUCAUCCAAGACAGCUGAGACCUGCAACCAAACUCUUGGAGCCAGUAUUGUAUGUCUUGGUUGAGGUGUUCCGCAAUGGCUUCCCAGUUUGGGUGAGAGGUGCUUGCUUCACAUUGUGGGAUCGACAUGAAUCAUUGCGAUGUUUGAUGCGCGAUCUGCCAUUUUGUUGUAUGCCCUUGGGUGAUGGCACCAGCCGACGACCUAUAGCUUGCGAAUCUCGAGCUGGCACUGAGCAUAACUACGCCAAAGGGUGUGCUUUUUUGGAGGCCGAUGUUCUCGCAUCUGUCCGAUGA